AACGUGACAUCGGAACUUAAGAUGCCGUUGACUCGUUCGCAAGCCGCCGGGGCAGCUGAGGCGGCGGAUGCAGAGGAAGUGGGGACUUCUGUUACUUCGAGAGCUAGUGGGAUCCAUGAGUUACAGGAUCAGCUUGCGAUGUUGACGGAUUUGGUUACUCAGCAGGCUGCAGCAGCACGACAGCAGAUGGAUGCCGUGCGUCGGCAGGAGGACAGGAUAAAGAGGUUAGAGGAUCUGUUACUGCGACAGACGACCGACAGAGAGAUUCCAGCUUCUGUACUCCCAGAUUCUGUACCUAUAGCACCAGAGAGGGGCACCACAGUGAGAGCACAGUCACCUGUACUUGACACACCCCCAGUAGCUCCGAGGGCAGAGACCCGACAGGAGACAGUAGUACCACCACCAGUACCUGUAGCAGCAGCUGGGACAGUGUUACCCGAGAUGGUGGGGGUUGAGGAGCGAGAGCGGAUGAUGGAACGACUGAAUGAAUUUCGUCGCUGCAACCCUCGUAUCUUUGAUGGGGAGAAGGCGGAUCAUUGGGUAGUUGAAAAAUGGCUGAUGCAUAUGGAAAAGCUAUUUUAUGACACUUUUGUUGAGGAAUUGGUCCAGGCGUCAAACCUCUCUACUUACCGGGAUGUAGUAAACCGGGCCUUGAUCGUCGAGAAAGGGGCAGAGAUAAUGAAGGAAAGAGAUGUUGUGGAUCGAAGCAAAGGCAAGAGACCAGCAGCCGAGAGCAGUGGUCAGCAGUCCUUUAGGAGACCCCCAAAGUAUCCGAGGGGCCAGUCAGGCUAUCAUCAGCUCAAGAUUAAGCCUGAAGAUGUUUCUGAGACUGCCUUUAGGACACGAUUCGUGGUAGUGUUUAUUGAUGACAUCUUGAUAUAUUCUCGAAGUGACAAGGAGCAUGAAGACCAUUUGAGAAUGGUGUUACAAGAUAUUAUCGAAGGUUUGUCGAGGGGUUUGCAAAGAUAUCUACUCCUCUCACUCGACUCACACAUAAAGGAGCUAAAUUCCUCUGGAAUGAAGCUUGCGAAAGAAGCUUUCAAGAGCUGA